AUGAACGGAUCUGAUACAUCUGUGCUUACAAGCAACGCAGAUUUCUUUAUUUCGACUUUAAUUUCUUAUACUCCUGACAGAGAACUCAUUGGCUAUGAAGACAUGCUUGUUACUACAGAUGAUGGUAAAAAGAAGAUAACAAAUGUGAAGGAAAUGCCUGGUUCUCAUCAAAUUAGUUUAGCAGAAUUAGAUGGACUCGGAAUUGAAGAUUUUAUACUCAAAGCAUUUGAUAUUACUGGUAGUAUUUCAAAAUGUGAUUAUAAUGAAGGCUUUAAUACACUCCUUUUCGGAAUUUCUGGUUGCAGAUAUUGCAGAAACAUAGGGAGAGAACAUAAAUCAAAUGGAAUAUAUAUUUUGGCUAAAUUAACUAGUGGAGUUGCAGUUCAAAGGUGCUAUGACCCAGAUUGUCGUUUUUUCGAAAGUCAACCGGUAAUUAUUCCUCCAAAAAUACUUGAUGAAACCAGGAGGAAGUAUGACAAAUACUAUACUCAGAAAACUGAAGAAAUCCCGGUACCAGAGGAUAUUUCAGCAGUUAAAACAGAAAAUUGCGAAACAUGCGAUAGCGAAGUACUACCAUCUGAGUUAUUUAAAGAUGGCAUCGCUAUAAGUCCUUCAUUGUUCCGCUCACCACUCCGGCAAAAGCAAUUUCCUGAAAUAAAUUUCAAUAAUCUUCUUUCUUCCAGCGACGAAGAGAUCAUUAUCAAUGAAGACCAAGAAGAAAAGCAGACUGUUCUUUCAUCAUCCUCUGAAGAAGAAGAUUCUAUUAUUGAAUAA